UUUUGCUCUGGGCUCAAUUGCUUGUUCCGUCUCGUGUGCAGCUUGAUUCGUUGCCCGCACUCCAAUUGCCCACCAUGAAGUCCGCGGCUGCUCUCUCCGCCCUCUCUCUGCUCGCGGGCGCCGAUGCCGCUGAGACUAUCCUGGGAGCCUACGUCUUCCACCGCCAUGGCGACCGCACCCCAAAGGCCCUUCCUCCGACCAACCUGACGACGCUUGGCUACGAGCAGGUCUACACGUCGGGCCAGUACUACCGCUCACGCUACCUGUCUGGUAACUCCAAGAUUCGCGGCAUCAACGAGGACGAGGUCAAGCUGUCCCAGCUGCAGGUCCAAGCACCCGUCGACAAUGUUCUGCAAAACUCUGCCAUGGGCUUCCUCCAGGGCCUGUACCCGCCUGUCAGGACCGUCUCGACGCUGGCCAACGGCCAAAGCGUCCAAGCUCCCAUGGAUGGCUACCAGCUCAUUCCCGUCAACACCAUUGAGACUGGCGCCGGUUCCGAAGACUCGGGCUGGCUCCAGGAUGCAUCCAGCUGCCAAAACGCAAAGGCGAGCUCAAACUCGUACUUUGACAGCGACGAGUACAAGAAGCUUGCUGCAAGCACCUCUGGCUUCUACAAGUCGCUUGUCCCGUCCAUCAACGGCGUCAUCAGCGCCGAUCAGGUGACUUAUAAGAAUGCAUACAUUGUCUUCGACACCAUCCACGUAGCCGAGAUCCACAACUCCAGCAUCCCCAACUCGGCUGUCCUGACCAACUCAACCCUGCUCCAGCUCAGCACGCUCGCAAACGCCCACGAAUGGGGUCUUGCCUACAACGCCAGCGACGACACGCGCGCCAUUGCCGGCAUGCAGCUCGCAGGCGAAAUCCUCGACUACAUGAACGGCAUCAUCAGCUCGUCUGGCUCCAAGAAACUCGGCAUCCAAUUCGGCGCCUACGGCACCUUUGCCUCGUUCUUCGGCCUCGCCAACCUGCCACGCGUCAGCACAGACUUUACGGGUAUCGUCGACUACGCCAGCUCCAUGGCCUUUGAGCUCUUCACCACUGCCGACGCAACCACCGGCUUUCCCGCCGAAUCCGACCUCCAAGUGCGCUUCUUGUUCCACAACGGCACCGCCUCCAACGCCAGCCAGCCCGCCGUGUACCCGCUCUUCGGCACAAAUGCCCAGACUCUCUCGUGGACUGACUUCAAGACUAACCUCACUAAAUUCGCCAUCACGUCUACCCAGCAGUGGUGCAACAAGUGCGGAAACAAGGCCGGUGCCUGUGCGGCCUACGCGGGUGCCGCUGAUGCGGCGUCUACACAGCAGAGCAAGAAGAGCAAUGGCAUCUCCCCUGCCAUCGGAGGCGUCAUUGGCGCCUUUGUCACGCUCGCUGUUGUCCUCGGCUCUCUCGCUGCCUUCAUGCUGCUCGGUGGCUUCAGACUGGUCAGCAAGAAGGCGCUGAACAGGGGUGUGUCCAAUGUCAAUGUUGAGCCCAAGGCUUAGGUGCGUGCGUGGCUGCACGGAAAUGGCAAUGCAGUGAGUUGGGAGUGUGAAGAUGAACCAUAGUAUACUGUGUGUUUACGACGAGGGAUCACGUAUUAUGAUGUAUGUCCAUGAGUGAAAUGCAAUACAAUGAUAAUCAGAAUACCUGG